UUUAAGAGAUCUUGCGUAAUGCCAGAUGGGUCUAGGGCUCGACCCAGACCCAGAGCACAUCGAGCUGAGUGAACUGUAAUGGUGCCAUAGAAAGUGAUGGAUCUGAGGCAAAUGCUGUCGAGGUCAGGCAAUGACAUGACCUACCUUUGAUAAUCGCGCCGGUUUGCUUACGCCUGAUGCGAUUUGGUUAUUUAGCUUAAAUGUUUAUGUUUUUUAUUUUUUUUUUUUAAUGCUGGUCAACGGGUUUUUUUUCGUCUCAUUUGAAUAUUUUAGCCAUUUAGUGCUCCAUUUGCCCCGCUCACAGUUCGGCUCGCCGCUGCCCUACCAUUAAAUCCGAUUCGGGGGCCCGCGCCAUCGAUGACGAAAGCAAACAGCGGAAUCUUCGCUGCCCGCCUCAGGCGAAAGCCGCAGCAACGGCUCAUUGGGCAAGGCACCGGAUAACGACAAAUUCGACGCCAAUGACGCUGACGCCAACGACACGACGAUGUAGUAGCUGAAGAGGAAGAAGAAGAAGACGUAUCAGCAUAAUGAUUGCGAUCGGCGUAUAUAAGCGUGCGACUGCUGGAAGAUGAUCAUCAGUUGCCUGCCUCUUCGGUUGCAUUCUUCAGCUACGUGAAGUUCCACAGAUUUCGUCCCAAGCAAGAAACUUCCAGCAAUGAAGAUCUUUGUGUGUUUGUUUGCCGCACUUGUUGCCACCUGUUCCGCCGGCAUCAUUGGCGGUGGCGGCGGCGGCGGCGGUGGCGGUUACAGUUAUGGCAUCGGUAGCAGCGGCGGUGGCCAUGGACACGCCGAGGUGCGCACGGUGAAGGUCAUCCAUGAAGGCAGCCAUGGCGGUCAUGGUGGCUUUGGGCACGGCGGACACGGCGGACACCAUCAGGAGGUGAAGACCAUCAAGGUGAUCCACCAGGAAGCACCAGCUGUGCAUCACGGCUUCUCUCAUGGCGGCGGCUUCGGUGGUCACCAGGAGGUCAAGACUGUGAAGGUCAUUCACCAGGAUGGCGGAUUGGCUCUGGGCGGCGGCGGCGGCUAUGCUGGCGGCUUCUCCCAUGGUCACCAGGAAGUUAAGACUGUUAAGGUUAUUCACGAGGAGGCACCAGCAAUUCACCACGGAUUCUCCCACGGUGGCGGCUUCGGUGGUCACCAGGAGGUCAAAACUGUGAAGGUCAUUCACCAGGAUGGCGGAUUAGCUCUGGGCGGCGGCGGCUACGCUGGCGGCUUCAGCCAUGGCGGCGGACAUGGCCACCAGGAGGUGAAGACUGUUAAGGUCAUCCACGAGGAGGCACCAGCUGUGCAUCACGGCUUCUCCCAUGGCGGCGGUUUCGGUGGUCACCAGGAGGUCAAGACUGUAAAGGUCAUUCACCAGGAUGGCGGCCUGGCUCUGGGCGGCGGCGGCUACGCUGGCGGCUUCAGCCAUGGCGGCGGACAUGGCCACCAGGAGGUGAAGACUGUUAAGGUCAUCCACGAGGAGGCACCAGCUGUGCAUCACGGCCUCUCGCAUGGCGGCGGUUUCGGUGGCCACCAAGAGGUCAAGACUGUGAAGGUCAUCCAUCAGGGUAGCGGCUAUGCUGGCGGCUACUCCCAUGGCAGCGGUCACGACAUCGGCCACGUCCACCAGGAGGUGAAGACCGUCAAGGUCAUUCACGAAGAGGCCGCCCCAGCGCCCAUUGCCGUCCACAACGAGUACCUGCCCCCAGCUGUCUCGGCUCCCCAGCCCGGCUACCUGCCACCCGUCGGCGCCUGGAAGUAAUCUCCUCAACUGUGCCCAGUUGAUCUGUGAUUCGAACUGUGUCAUAACUGUGACCUCCUUUGUUAAAUAGUUUUAGUAACACCCCCCAUUUUUUUUUCAUUAGCCUAAGAAACAUUUUUUUUUUCUGUUGAAAAAUAUAUACAUAUUGAAAUUUAGAAAAAAAU